UAAUUCUGAGUGGCUGACGAACGUUCUAGGGGUGUGCAUUAUUUUUUAGUAAAUGCACACCUAAAAAGUAUUUCUACAUCAGUCAACUGCAUUGCGCUCUAUUCAACUGAAUUAUACUGUAGCCUAGUUGUCCACCACAGCCCACAUAUAACCCCCCCCAAAAAAACAGACAAUUUCCAUUGUCUGACAAGAAAUAUAAAAAAAUAUGAAUAGUGGGCCGGUUGCAUAAACACAGCAAUGAUCAUAAGACAGCAAUAAUUAUUCUAACAAAAGCCAGUUUAUUUUUGCUGCAAAUAUUUGCAUAAUAGAGGAAUACAAUGCUUCCAAGUCAUUUUAAAUGAACAAAUUUAGAGACUACAGUGCAAAUAACAACAAAAAUCAGGCUUGGACUACAGUAAUGAUGUAACAGUUGAGACUUCAUUACCCAUGAUGCAUAAGAGAGUGCAGGGGAAUGGCGUAUGUGAGGGAGACGGAAGGGAGGGUUAUAAUUAUAAAGUGAGGCUAUCGCCAUGUGUGUUGGACGUGACCAUGUACUGCAUGAUAACUACUGAAAUAAUGUAGAGAACAUAAUACAUGGUGUCAGAAGUGAACCGUAAGAAUAAGAGAGAGAGCACCGCAUGAAAAAAGCGGAAAGAUGGCUGUUGCAGCAGUACAGAUAACGCAUCCACAGCCAUUCGACUUCUCAAAUUCAGGGGAUUACCCAAGAUGGAUCAGACGAUUUGAGCGCUUUCGUCUAGCAUCAAUAUUGAAUGCGAAACCUGAGGAAUACCAGAUCAACUCCUUGUUAUAUGCAAUGGGAGACAAGGCAGACAAUGUCUUUGCGCUAUUACUCCUGGGCAUCUGAGGGUGUGCCUAUUCGCUUCUUCUCUGCACUGCCAGACCUGGUGGAGGCAUAUCAUAAGGAAAACAUGGGUCUGGUGACACACCUUCAGUAUGCUGUGCAGAAAGAGGAAGAGCCAGAAGAGGAAUCAGAGCCAAUCAGUUUGCCUCCUCAGCUUCCACCCAGAAACUUCACAAGUAAUGAAGGUAAAGACGGUCAUGGUGACCCAUGCAGAGGAAUGGAAAGAGGAGCAGAGACCACACAGGCCUCAUUCUCAGACAUGUAUCUCCAGCGACUGCAGCAAAUCGACUUAUCAAAUCUCACCGAGGAUCAUCAGAAGUCCAUCCAGGAUUAUUUCUGCACAUCUGUGUGUCUGGAUGCCGAACAGGUGCAAAAUGGAAACCCUACUCUGCCUCACUUUAAAAAGCUCACACUAAGUAUCUGCAAAAACCUGAACAGUGAAAUUUCUCGCACACUUCCAAGUCUCGAGGCACUGCAGAAAGUUCUGGAUCAGCCUCUAUCACCUGGCUCUGGAAGACUAAGGAAUCAACUUUCUGUUGAUGCAAAUCAGUCUGUGGCUUUUAGACUUGAGCAGCUGACUAAGCUUAUAUGUUCAAUUGAAGACAAGAUUAAGAGUGCUGUGUUUGAAUCAGUUGGAUAUGAUGGAGGACACAGAAAGUCCCUCAUACCCACUGUGACGUUUGAAGUAAAAUCAGAAUCCAUUGGAAUUUCAAACAAAAUGUACCUCAAGGUAGAUGUGGAAGGUGGGAAAGUUUAUUUCAAGAAGUCCAAAGAUGGACCUGAGGAUAAAUAUUUUGUGCACAAUAAAAUCUUGCAAUUGGUGAAGUCACAAAAGUUGCAAAACAGACUAGUUUUGGUGUUGGAGACAGAGAAAGAAAAAACCCAGCGCAAGGAUUUUGUCUUUGAUGACACCAAGAAAAGAGAAGGCUUCUGCCAACUUCUGCAACAGAUGAAAAACAAACACUCAGAAAAACCUGAGCCCGAUAUGAUCACGAUCUUUGUUGGCACCUGGAACAUGGGAAAUGCGAGUCCACCACAAAACAUCACUUCCUGGUUUCUGUCGAAAGGUCAGGGGAAAACCCGUGAUGACACAGCCAAUCAAAUCCCACAUGAUAUCUAUGUAAUUGGGACACAGGAAGACCCACUGGGAGAGAAGGAGUGGGUAGAUAUAGUUAGAAGUGCCCUGAGGGAUAUAAACAACAUUAGCUUUAAACAUAUUGUCAGUCAGACACUGUGGAGUAUGAGAAUUGUGGUUCUAGCCAAGCCAGAACAUGAGAACCGCAUCUCACAUGUCUUCUCUGACAGUGUUAAGACCGGCAUAGCUAAUGCUCUAGGGAACAAGGGAGCAGUGGGGGUUUCCUUUAUGUUUAACAGAACAUCCUUUGGGUUUGUCAACAGUCACCUGACCUCAGGAAGUGAAAAGAAACUGAGACGAAACCAAAACUACAUCAGUAUUCUGCGUUUUCUGAAUCUGGGAGAUAAGAAGCAAAAUCCUUUUGAUAUAACACAUCGCUUCCCACACCUCUUCUGGUUGGGGGAUCUGAAUUACAGGGUUGACUUUCAACCACAGGAUGCAGAGAACAUUGUGAUGAAGAUCAAACAGCAGCAGUAUCAGGAACUACUUGCCAAAGAUCAGCUGAGCACAGAGAUGAAAGAGGGAAAAGUCUUUAUAGAUUACGAGGAGGAGGAGAUUACGUUUGCUCCAACAUAUCGUUUUGAGAGAGACACACGGGAUAAAUAUGCCUACACCAAAACCAAGGCCACAGGGAUCAAAUACAACCUACCUUCAUGGUGUGACCGCGUGCUUCGCAAAUCCUAUCCUAUGGUGCAUGUGGUUUGUAACUCAUAUGGAUGCACCAAUGAUAUCAUGACAAGUGACCAUUCCCCAGUAUUUGCGACAUUUGAUGUUGGUGUGACUUCACAGUUUGUAUCAAAGAACGAUCUAUCAAAGGAUGCUCUGGGUGCAAUCAAAUUCAUGAACUGUGUGGCUGUUCUUUAUACUAAAUCAAAGACCAAGUUCUUCAUGGAGUACCAUUCAAGCUGCCUGGAGAAGUUUGUGAAGAGUGCUGAAGGAGAAAAUCAAGAGAGCGCAGAAGGCUCAAUAAAAGUACGAUUUGGAGCACAAGUUGAGCUCACACCCAUUAUUGCUGACCCAGAAUACCUCCUUGAUCAGCACAUCCUCAUCUGCGUUAAGUCUACAGAUUGUGAUGAGUCAUAUGGUGUGGGUUGUGUAGCCCUGCGUUCUGCUGAAAGUUCUUACACUGAGUUCUGUAUCAAACUCACACAUCAUGGGGAACGCACAGGUGAGCUAACAGGUGGCAUCCAACUCCACACAUCUAAAGGCAAACAGACAGAGAAGCUGUAUGAUUUUAUUAAAGUCGGUGAUGACCCAGGAGCCAGUAAAGGCAAAACAGGAGACAAUACCAAAGCAUCCACUGCAGUGCUCACCACUGAUAUUAGUAAUCCCAAUUAUAUGGGUGUAGGCUUCAAGAGCAACAACCAGGCAGAAAGGGGCUCAAGAACAGCGGCAUACUCUGGGCACUCAGCCAAAGACACAACACUUGGUAAUCUUUCCCCUAAAAAGACUGGUUAUGACAAUUCUAUAUCUAGCCCUACUGGAAAGACAGCAGCACCUGUGCCUGAGGAUGGGCAACCUCCAGAGAUGUUUGACAAUCCCCUUUAUGGCUCAAUGGGUGGAUCGCGAGGAAAUAAAGACCAGCUCUCUCCCUCAGAUGCUCACUUUGCAUUUCCCAAAACAGACCUUGAUGCUGAUCGCCAACCUCCAGUCCCAGUUCCUAGGAUCCGUUCCUUCACCUGCUCAGAAACCAAACAGUCAUCAACCACAAACGCCAUCAGCAGCAGUGGUCUACAGCCCCAGAACAUUAAUAAAAAGCUUGUGGUGCCCUCCCGCUCUGAAGGGGGUUCAGCUGUAUCUGACAGGCCACCAGUGCCUAUGAAGUCUCGAACAGGUCAGCCACAAGAGCCGCCACUAAAGCCCAGAGACUACAGAGACAGCUCAGAGCUCCCAUCCAAGAUAAGACUACCAGCAAGGCCAGGCCAAACAAAAGAUGUGCAUCAUGAGGCACCACAACAUCCGAAGAUGGGUCGUCCUUUAAAAUGAUCUCUUACUGAUGUGCCAUGGCGGAGACCUUUCAGUGCUGAUGUGUUCUUCAUGUCUGAAAUUUGAGAAACUGCACUGAACGAAAAACAUGAAUCUACUAUUCUCUGAGUACAAAAAAAAUACAUGUGUGAAAUUUAACUUACUUUAUAUUUUCCACAAGAAACUAUUUCACAAGAAUUUAUAAUAAUUCUACACCAUAUCUUAGAUUUUGACACUGGCGUUGGAUCUAGAAUGUUCACAGUUUGAAUGUAGUUACUGCAUAUAGUCAUAAAUCCAGUGUUUACUUCUACCACCUUUGUCAAAAUGUAUCAUAUUGCUUCAAAUUUGUAUUUUAACGGGAAAGAAUGUGAGACUAUGCAUAUUUGAAACAUAUUAAGGCAACUAUUGUUUUUUUUUAAGAGGUUACUCUUCUAAAUGAGCUGCAUAUUUUAGAAUACCGUUUUUGUUUGUUGCUACCACUUUAAACUUAAUAAAAUUAAAGAAGUAAAAAAACAUUCUUGCCACUGAACUACACAUAUGAUAUAUCCAGCAAAUAUUACGAUUAGUAUGAAAUUCACCAUCUGUGAUUUGGACAUGGAGAAAAUAAAAUAUUUAUAUUUAUAAAGAUAUUAUUUUAGCAUAACACAAACAAAAAUGUAAGAAAUUAUAAACAAUAUCAUAUCAAAUAAUAUUAUAUCAAUAUCAAUUAUAAAAUCAUAUCAAUGAAAACCUACACAACCCAUGGUGUUUAGCCUCUAUUUCUUGUGAUAUUUCUAUUUCUUUUCCAUCAAAGUACUAGUCUUUCCCACUAGUACAAGUGCAAGUUCACAGUGCAUGUUCGCUUUUUUCUUAAAAUAAAUGAUUUUAUUACAAAAUAUGUGUAACAUAUAUGUAACAUACUGUAUGUAUAGCUAUAAAAGGAUUUUUUACAUGGUGUCUUAUACUCGACAGAAAAUUGAAAGCGGUUAGAAACAGCCACUAUUACGUUCCCCAGAUAUUUAAUGGCAAAAAGAUAAGACCACUACGACCAUGGAUUAAGAACACAUCUUCACAGUUGACUAAAUCAAAAGGUAUUUUUUAUAUUGCAAAUAAAUAAAUGGCAGUGGCUAUUUACACUAAGUUUAAAUAGCAGUGGUUCUGUUUACACUAAGUAAAAAUAGCAGCAUUUCUUAGCGAUAUGCUAUUUACACUAAAUGAUAAUAGCUGUAUUUUCAUUGAAUUAAGUGUAAAUAGUAGUUAGAUGCUAUUGGUACUUAUAAAUAGUGGCUGAUACUAAUUGCACCUCAGUAUUGAUGUGCAUUAAACAUUAUGCAAUAUUAACGGUAUAAAUCAUUAUAUUUAUAAAAAGAUGGUAACUUAAGAUCAGUGUUGGGAGUAAUGCGUUACAAAAGUAAUGUAUUACAGUAACGUAUUACUUUUUGCUGUAACGCAGUAGGUAAGGCAUUACUUCAUCAAUUUUCAGUAAUAUUUUACUCGGUACAUGUUCAGAGAUGAUUGCGUUACAACCAACUUUUUCGCCCGCGAGACAUUAACUAAUCAAAAAUCCCGCAAAUAAGUUAUAUUUCCUGUUCGUGAAUAGACGCGUGUGGUGUCAUUCAUUUCCCUCUGGCUGGUGGAACUAUUUUGUAUUGUAAUGUCUUGGUUACGGAUGUAACCUCAGUUCCCUUUCUGUCGGUCUCUCGACGCUGUGUCGAACCGACAGAAUGGGGUUUGUCUUGAGAACCUAUCAUCUUCUGAGUAUUUAGAAAAGGCCAAUGAAAAUUGGCGAAUGAAAUUUGCAUGCCGGGCUCCUCCCCGGAUGUCCGGGUAUAAGAGGGAAGCCGGCGUGCUCAUUCAUUCACCUUUUGUUCUUCCGAGCCUAUGCAUCUGAUGAGCUUCUCUACGAUCUUGGUGAUCAUUCUUUCUGCUGGAAUCUAC